AUGGAGGAGUUGAGGCCUCCUCAUGCGCUGUCAGCGAGGCCUAUCCUCCAGGCGCCGCGGGUGCCGCGGCUCCGACGCUCGUCGUGGCCCUCAGGGCCUCAAGGGCCUUUGCAGUUUUGGAGGGGCGCCGUGUCGGGCGGGGCCAGCAGCAGCCAGCUGCCGAGGCUCAUUGGAGCUGCUUCCCUGUGUGCUGCCACAUGGAGGCGUUCGGAGCGACGACCCACCUCCAGGAGAGGCAAAGCUGAUGCCAGAGACUCCCCAGAGCAGGACGCCUUGGAGCCCGGCGAUGAAGGGGAUUUCAUGGAGUUUGAUGAAGAGGAUGAUGAAGACUGGGAUGAGGAGUCCUUCGCGAUGCGCUUCGAGGAUGAUGAGUUCCAGGAAAGCGCCAGUGUCCGGCCUCCACCUGGUCUGGAGGAGUUUGAGGAGGACUGGGAUGACCUCGACGAAGGCUUCGGCAUGCCUUUCUCCGAAGAAGACGACGGGGCAACUGAAGGCGACGAGAACCGAGAGACCUCUGGCUUCGUGGGGAGCGUCUUCGACGGGAUGGACGCCCCUGCGGGCGCUCAAGUGACCUCGAUUCCCAGCUAUGAAGAGCUCAGUCUUUUGUACGACGACUUUCCGGUGCAAGGCCAAACCGUCCAGAAGGAGCCCGAGAAGCCCACACCGACUCCGGAGGUGGCACUGAAAGAGAAAGAGCCAUCGCGCGCGAAGAGGACCUUGGAAUACAUGGAGGAGAGAGAAUAUGAGGUCAUUGCGGAGGGCAUUGCGGUGCGGACGCUGCCGGACGAGCGGUCGCCACGCACGGGAGAGAUCCUCCGGCAAGGGGAGAAGUUUACCGCCAUCGAGGCCCAGGACGGCAGAGGCAAUGACCCCCGUUUGUACCUACGGCUUCCGGAAGGUCGUGGAUGGGUCUUCAAUGAUGAGAAGAUCUAUCCGGGCUUACCCUCGGUGAAGCUCACCGCACAGGUUGCAGCGGAACGCUUGGCCAAGAAGCCGACACCUGUGAAGCGUCCACUGGUGGCGGUCGUGGGGCGCCCCAACGUUGGUAAGUCCACUUUGGUGAACCGCAUCUGCGAUGUGCCUGACGUGAUCGGCGGCAUCACGCAUGAUGAAAUCAGCGUGACGCACGACCGGACCUAUAAGCAGGCAGAGCACACGGACGAUUGCGGAGACACCUAUCUCUUCGAUGUGGUGGAUGCUGGCGGCAUGGUCUUCGAGGAUUCCUUAGAAACGGUGACCUUUCAGAAUGAGAUCAAGUUCCAGAUUGAUGUGGCCCUGCGCGAGGCCUGCGCUGCAGUCAUGGUGGUGGAUGGCAACGUGGGCGUCACCAGCGACGACCUCAAAGUGGCAGAGUAUUUGAAGAAGACCUACAUCAGCAAAGGCCUGCGGGUGGUUCUGGCCGUGGCCAAGUGCGAUCGUUUGGAGUCCAUGGACAUCAAGGCCGCCGAGUUUUGGGAGUUGGGCCUCGGAGAGCCCAUCCCCUUGAGCGCCUACCACCGCCGUGGCGUGUGGGAAUGCGUGGAUGCGCUGAUUAACCGCGGCUGCAACGGCCUGUUUCCACUGAAGUCCAAAGACGGAGAUCAGAUCACAGAGCCAAGAGACAACACCAUCAAGGUGGCGAUCUGUGGCAAGCCCAACAGCGGCAAGUCCUCGCUGUUCAAUGCCUUGGUUGGGGAGGAUCGCAGCAUUGUGAGCCACAUCGAGGGUAGCACCACAGAUGCAGUGGAUGCUUAUUUGGAGGCCUACAACGGGAAUACCUACCGCUUCAUCGACACUGCAGGGAUCACGAAGCGCAACAAGAUCAAGAGUGAGACCAUGUGGCUCUCCAUCCACCGAUCGAUGAAGGCCAUCAAGCGAGCUGACGUGGCGCUGAUCGUGCUCGAUGCCAGCGAAGUGAUGACGGGCCACAAGAAACUGGGGAAUGCAUAUUGGUGUCCGGACAUUCAGAUGCGCUACAUCGCGCGCGCGAUCGAGGAGCGCGGCACGGCAGCGGUGAUCGUGCUCAGUAAGUGGGAUGCGGUGCCCAACAAGGACAGCGAAUCGCAAGAGAAGUUCAUCCAGGCGAUCCGUUCCAACUUGGGCGGCGUGGGACAGUGGGCUGAGGUGGUGGCCUGUUCAGCGAAGACGGGGCAACGCAUCUCCAAGGUGCUUGAAGCUGUUGACAAGACCUUGGCAGCCCACAGGAAGCGUAUUCCAACGAAUGUCUUGAAUGAGGUCGUAAGAGAUGCCUUGCUUUGGAAGCUGCCGCCAGCGAAGGCCUACAACUCCAAACAGGGCCGCGUUUACUACGCCACCCAGACAGCCAUCGAACCCCCACAGUUGGUGCUCUUUUGCAACAACCCACGGCUGUUUGGGCCAAACUACAAGAUCUACUUGGAGAACAAGAUCCGCCAGGACCUUGGUUGGUUCGGCACUCCCUUUCAGGUGGAAUACCGCAAACGGUCCGAGAAGCGUGCCGUGUCGCAGGCGGAGCAAUGGCUAGGUCCCAGGCUGCUGCCUUCGGAAGCUUGGAGAUGA